AUGAGUCGACUACUGAAGCGAGGGAAGCAGGAGAAGCCUGUAGUAGUAUCUGAUGGGGCUGAGAAGGUUAUUGUGGCUGUUAAAGCGUCUAGGGAGAUUCCAAAGACAGCCUUGAUUUGGGCUUUGACUCAUGUUGUUCAGCCUGGGGAUUGCAUUACCCUCAUUGUCGUUGUCCCUUCUCACAACUCUGGACGAAAACUUUGGGGUUUCACUAAGAGUUUCCCUAUGUUUGCUGGGGAUUGUGCAAGUGGUAAUCGGAAAUCACAUUCUGAAGCACUACCGGAGAUAAAAAGUGAUCUCACUGAUACUUGUUCCCAAAUGAUUCUCCAGCUUCAUGAUGUCUAUGAUCCCAAUAAGAUAAAUGUCAAGAUUAAGAUUGUAUCUGGAUCACCCUGCGGAGCAGUUGCUGCUGAGUCGAAGAAAGCACAAGCAAACUGGGUUGUGUUAGACAAACACCUCAAACAAGAAGAGAAACGGUGUAUGGAUGAAUUGCAGUGUAACAUUGUGGUGAUGAAGCGUUCUCAGGCAAAAGUUCUACGCUUAAAUUUAGUUGGAUCGCCUAGGAAGGAUGCUGAAAAAGAGGCUCCUUCACCAACUGGAGCAGAAGCAGCAUCUGAAAAACACCCGAAGAACACAAAAGGGUCGUUAGAUUCUGAUAGAGGACUACCUGUUACUCCUACUAGCAGUCCUGAGCUGGGGACACCAUUUACAAGUACAGAAGCCGGUACUUCAUCAGUGUCGAGCUCUGACCCUGGAACUUCACCUUUUUUCACAUUGGGAAUGAGUGGAUACAUGAAGAAGGAUGGAGCACUGGUCAUCAAGGAGAAUGAUGGUCUUGAUGAUUCCGGUUCUGAAACAGAGAGCGAGAAUCAAUCACUAGCGUCGACGAGUAUGAGAUUCCAGCCAUGGAUAUCAGAGUAUAUUACCAAUCAUCGCCAGUCAUCCCAAGAGGCCGAUGAAAGCCUAUGGAAAAAUGAUGAUAGGGCUCAAAUAGCCACUACAAAGGCUUUGCUUGACAAGUUCUCUAAACUUGAUGUAGAGGCUGGGUUGUCUUCUAGUCGAAGGAUUGAUGUGGAGUUUAGUGGAAACCUGAGAGAUGCAAUAUCACUCUCUCGAAAUGCUCCUCCUGGUCCACCUCCUCUCUGUUCUAUCUGCCAGCACAAGGCACCAGUAUUUGGGAAACCCCCAAGGCUGUUUUCAUACGCCGAGUUAGAGCUUGCUACUGGUGGGUUUUCACAGGCAAACUUCUUGGCUGAAGGCGGAUAUGGAUCUGUUCAUCGGGGUGUACUACCGGAAGGCCAGGUAGUUGCAGUAAAGCAACACAAACUGGCCAGUUCUCAAGGAGAUGUAGAGUUUUGCUCCGAAGUGGAAGUUCUCAGCUGUGCCCAGCACAGAAACGUUGUUAUGCUAAUUGGUUUCUGCAUUGAAGACAGCAGACGGCUCUUGGUCUAUGAAUACAUAUGCAAUGGUUCACUUGACUCCCAUCUAUACGGUCGUCAAAAAGAAACUCUGGAAUGGUCAGCACGACAAAAGAUUGCUGUUGGAGCAGCAAGAGGUCUUCGGUAUCUACACGAAGAGUGUAGAGUUGGGUGUAUUGUCCAUCGAGACAUGCGUCCUAACAACAUCCUCAUCACUCAUGAUAAUGAGCCACUGGUUGGAGAUUUUGGUCUAGCAAGAUGGCAGCCUGAUGGGGAAUUGGGUGUAGAUACUCGAGUUAUAGGAACGUUUGGCUAUUUAGCUCCAGAAUAUGCACAAAGCGGGCAAAUCACAGAAAAAGCGGAUGUCUACUCGUUUGGGGUUGUUCUAGUUGAGCUAGUCACUGGCCGCAAAGCCAUUGAUAUCUCCAGGCCAAAAGGCCAGCAAUGCCUCACUGAAUGGGCACGUCCACUACUGGAAGAAUAUGCGGUGGAAGAACUUAUCGAUCCGAGGCUUGGGAGCUGUUUUGUAGAAAGUGAGGUCAUUUGUAUGGUUCAUGCAGCUUCGUUGUGCAUACGUAGAGACCCACAUUUGAGGCCACGCAUGUCUCAGGUGUUGCGUAUACUGGAAGGAGAUAUGAUAAUGGAUGGGAACUACGCAUCAACUCCAAGUUCAGAGGCAGGGAACAGAAGCGGACGAUUCUGGGCAGAUCAUUACAGCGGCCAGCUAACGAAUGAUGGGUCGGAUAGGUUCAGUGAAAGACUGUCUAUCGAUACGCCAAGACUAGCUUUACGGGAGAGGGAAAGAGGUCAGAGAUUGGAACUAAACCACAACAAGCAAUACUAA